GUCUUCCCCGCACUCCACUUCCUUCCUUCCACAACCCGGAAAAGAGAAAGCCGAGCACCAAUUCGCCGAGGAGAGGAAACAGACACAGAACAGAGCCAAGGAGAAAUGGCGCACUACCACCCCAAGGAGGCUUACGGAGACCUCGAGGCCGGCUUCUCCGGCCACUCCUCCUCCUCCUCCUCCCCUCUGAAGCCGGCGGCCUCGCCGAGGCGGCCCGGCCGCAUGUUCUGCGACCCCUGCGACGACGCCGACGAGCUCCACGGCCACCACCACUACCUCGACAUCUGCUUCCGCUGCCGGAAACUCCUGUCCGGCAACAGGGACAUCUUCAUGUACAGAGGUGACAUGCCGUUCUGCAGCGAGGAGUGCCGGCAGGAGCAGAUCGAGAUCGACGAGGCGAGGGAGCAGCGGCUGAAGCAGACGGGGCGCGCCGAGCAGCAGCGGCAGCGGCAGCAGAAGCAGAACCCCCAGAGGAUCCCCAUCUGGGCGUGGUGAUGCUGAUGCUGAGAAAAUUUUUGGGCGCCGGGAAACGUACGAACGAACCUAGUAGGAUUUAGCUUCACCUCAAGAACAAGAAGAACACCAAGCAAGGGCGGCGAUGGUGCGUGCGGAUCGCCGCCGGCUGGACGGAGGAGAAGGCCACGGCACAGGCCUGCUGCGUCUUUUACUCCGUUGAUUGAUCGGAUCCUCUUGAUCUCCGAAAGAUGGAGACGGAAGGGUUGGUUUGAGCGUGAGUUUGCACGGGUUCUGCUGUUCCUCUUGCACGAGUGAAAAGGGUGUGCGUGCUGCGUGUGGGAUUGCUGCCGUGUAACCUGUCGAUACGUAUGAAACAAGUGAAGAGGCCUAAAGAAGUCCUCGAAUUUCUCGUCAGUUUUCAGCUGUCUUCCGCUGCUCCUUCCUCUGAGCUAGUGAUUUGUCGCUUAUUUAGAAGUUUUCUUUGCUUACCGCCACGGCAGAAUCAUUUGUUUUGGUGUGAACUGUAGAGGAGAAAAAUUAUGUUCAUGUUCA